CGCGGUCACACUGCGUCCCAGGUGUCACGGUCGCGGAUAUUUACUUAGUUUUUAUUUAAGUAGCAAAAUACCAUACCGAGCCGAGAGUUUAUGCACCUGAAGCAUCAUUGCAAUUGGAAUAUCGCAAUUUAGUUAAAGUGGCCCACAAAUUCGCGUUGUGGGUUUGUUGUUACAAGUAUCGCGCAUCGAUAAUAGGGAAAAUCGUCUAUUGCAUUUGUAUACAGAGCAGGUGGUGUUGUCUCUCUCAGGCUUGCACGCUCGCUCUUGAUGUGCGAGCGAAACAACAACAAACAAGUUACAAGUUCCAACAAAAUUCCAUCUUCAUUUAAUGCAAAACUGGAGCUAGACUCCAGCAAAGACGACACCAUUCACUCCGCAAACUUGAAUAAAAAACUCGUCAAGAUUAAAAAGUUCAAGCUGGACGAUAUGAAGGAAAUGGUGGGCGGCUGUUGUGUUUGUUCGGACGAGCGGGGGUGGCCGGAGAACCCGCUCGUGUAUUGUGACGGCCAAAACUGUAUGGUUGCCGUGCAUCAGGCAUGCUAUGGCAUUGUGACAGUCCCCACCGGACCCUGGUAUUGUCGCAAAUGUGAAUCCCAAGAGCCCGCCUCCCGCGUCCAUUGCCAUUUAUGCCCCUCAAAGGAUGGGGCGCUCAAGAAAACAGAUCAAAACAAAUGGGCACAUGUCGUGUGUGCUCUGUACAUACCCGAAGUGCGUUUCGGUAAUGUGACCACUAUGGAGCCCAUACUCAUGUCGCAGAUACCAGAGGAACGCUUCCACAAAGCCUGCUACAUUUGCAUGGAGAUUGGAAAGACUGGCCGCUCCACUAAGGGUGCCUGCAUGCAGUGCAACAAAUCCAAUUGCAAGCAACAAUUCCAUGUCACAUGCGCCCAGAGCUUGGGUCUGCUCUGCGAGGAGGCUGGCAACUAUUUAGAUAAUGUCAAGUACUGCGGCUAUUGCCAGCAUCAUUAUAGCAAACUGAAAAAGGGCGGCAACGUCAAAACCAUACCGCCAUACAAACCCAUACAACAUGACACCUCAUCCGAUUCGUGUUCGUCGCCCGAAAAGGAUAUUGACUCCACAAUUAAUGCAGCAGCUACCUCGGCAACGAGCAUUAAGAUAACCAGCAGCAGCACCACCACCACCAGCAAUGCCUUGAAUGCCAGUUCUUUGGGGGCAGUCUCUGGAGGCAGCGGCAGCGGCAGUGGUGUAUCCUCAUCGUCCAAACAGCGCAAGAGCAAUGCAUCGGGCAAGUCAUCGAGCAGCAGCAGCAGUAGCUCCUCAUCAUCCUCCACGGGAGUGGCGAAUCCCUCCUCCAGUACCGCAAGCUCAGGCGGUGCCAGCAAUCUGCCAGUCGGAGGAAGCCUACCACCAUCGAGUAGUAGCACCAGUAAUAUUAGUAAUAGUGCUAACACCAGUCUGCCGGUCGGCACUGGAGCAGCAGCAUCAGCUGCGGGCGGAAGCGUGGCCAGUGGAACCACAAGUGCAAUAAAUCUGCCUUCCUCUGGCAGCGGCUCUGGCUCACAGAAAGCCUCCAACGCCAGUCAGUCGACAACAUCGGCAUCCGCAACCACAAAAUCCUCGGCCAGUAGUUCGAGCAGUAGCAGCAGCUACAAGGAUAAGCAUAGCAAAAGCCUAAGCAAGCAAUCUAAUUCGAGUAAGGAAAAGGAUAGCAGCAAGGACAACGGGAACAAUCCCCCAAGCAGCAGCACAAACAGCGGUUUCUCCAAUUCAAUAGCCACCUCAACAUCUGCCAGCUCCUCCUCGUCUCGGGAGAAGUCCUCAUCGAAAUUAUUGAAAAACAAGGAUACAUCCAUUCAAAUGCCAAGUGCCACAAGCAGCAGUUCGAGUAUCAGCACAACCAACACCAGCAAUACCCAGCUUAGCAGCAGUUCGUCAACUCCAACAGCCGCCAAUGGGUCUGCCGCUGUAUCCAGCUCUGUGACUGCCAUAUUUUCCGCUGCUGCUGCCAGUCACUCGAAUCAUGCCCAGAACCUCAGUACGAACGGAGGAGCAGCAGGCAGCAAUGUGAGCACACAUCUGAAUGCCAGCAGUAGCAGCGGAACGGGAUUCGGUACAGAAAUACGUUCAGGCAGCAGCACUUUGAAUGACCCUUCUUCGGCCUUUGCGGCGAGCAGCAGUGCAGAUACAUUACCAGGCGCUGGUUCGUCUGCAAGUAAUAUGACUGCAGUUCUUGGCCAGGGCCUCAGCGGAGGAGGAGGAGCAGCUGCAGUCUCCUCCACUGUGGCCACGAAUUUGACCACAAACAAGGCAUCAUUAUCGUCUGCAGCAGCAUCAACUUCGUCUUCCUCCAGCAAUCCCACACAAACCACGAGUGUGGCUUCGAAAAAACGUAAAGCCGAUUCGGUUAAGCAGUCAAGCGGCAGUGCAAGUGGCCCCUCCAUAAUCGCCCCAUCGAUCUUGGACGAUAGCAAUAGGUGGGCUUCGAGAACGGCAAAGAAAAGUUCAUUUCGAGAAAUAAGCAAGGAUGCACACGUGACUCUGACGCCACUAACGGAUUUUGAAAAGGAAAUAGAAAAGAGCUCCAAGAGGCAACGAACGGAACUAAGUCCGCCGACCCAUCAAACAUCCGCCACCGCUGAAGUGAAUGCCACACCCGUCCCAAGCGCCACAAUAGCUGCCACUGCGAGCACAGCAGCAACGGCAGCAGUGACAUCGGUUGCGGGUGGAACCACAACGGGCAGCAGCACUUUGACCAGCAAUGCCACAAGCAGCAGUUCAGCAGGAGGAGCAGGAUUGGCUAACUCACCAGCUGUGGGUGGGGGAGCGGCAGGAGUGGGUGCCACUGGCUAUCCAAAGACAGAUUCGAGUAAAGCCAACACCAGCGGAAGCAGCAGCAAGCACGGCAGCAGCAGCAGUAGUAGCAGUGGCGGCAUUAAGGAGAGCAGCAACAGCAAUCCGCCGCCACCUGCGAGUGGAAUUGGCAGCAGCAGCAACAGCAAUGCCCCCAGCCUUUAUGUCUCUGUGCCGCUGUCGACGGCCAAUGUACCUGGAAUCAAUCUGCCAUCAAGCAACAGCAGCAGCAGCACUCCUACGAACCUCAGUGGUGAUUCUCAUGCGAUGGCAACUUCACGAAGCACCCAACAGCAGACUGCAGCGAAUCUGUCGACAAUGAGUGCUGCAGGAGGAGCGUACGCAACAGCAACAAGUGGCGCCUCAACGGUCAUUCAGCAUCAGAGCGGAAAAUCUUCACCUGCUCUGGGUGGCAGCGGCUCCCUAGUCAGCGGUAAUAGCGGUGGCAGCAUUAUCUCCGCCAGCACUGGCAGCGGCACUGGAAAUCUCACGGCCACCACCACAGAGAGUGGCAACCUGAAGAUCAGCUACGAGAAGCAGACAACGCGCGUGCAACAGCUGCAAGAGCAGGAGGCACCGCCAGCCACGUCGCGCAGAAGCAGAACUCCGGAUCUUGCAACAACAUCGGCCGCAACGACAUCAUCACUGCCAAGCACAACAACGCUGACGAGUCAACAGUUGAGCCAGUCAAUGUUGCCCCUUGGGGGUGGCCUCAAGUUCAGCUACGAGAGUCAGACGCAGCAGCCGCACCUGGAUGUGGCCAUGCUGCCGGUGAGCUCCAUCAAGGACUCGCCGCCGAGUUCGCCAGGCUCCGAGAUUGGUGGCACAACGCAGCUGCAUUCGGCAGGAGCAUUGAGUGCCACAGCUGUGUCUGUACCAGCUCCACAGCCUGGAAAUGUACGCAAGCGUGGACGCAAGGCCAAGGAGUCGACGAUUGCUGCAGCAGCAGCGGCGGCCGCCCAAUCAGCAGCAGCGACGGCAGCUGCAGCCGCAGCAGCGGCGUCCACAAACGUACAGCAGCAGCCAGAUCUCAAGGAUGUGCGCAUCCUGCAAAAUGGAGCAGCCAGCAGUAGUUCAUCGAGUGGUCCGAUCAGUACCCCCACGCCGCCGGCCACACCAGCGAGCUCGAUCAUUGCACACACGGCCACCCAUAUGCUGGGAAAUCAUGUGAAUCCUAAUAGCAGUGUGGCCCAGAAGCUCUCGGAGCAGCUGCAUAUGGAAGUGCAGGAUCAUGCCAUCUACACGAGUGACGCAAUGGGCUCGCAAUUCGCGGGAGUGCCGUUCCCUGGGAAACAGCGAAAUAAUACCAAUGCCGCCUCCAUGAAUGCCACACCUGCACCGAAUCCACUGCAGUCGAUGUUUAGCGGAGUCGGAAUGAAUAGCAAUAUGUCGAUACCCCAAAGCUUAGAGCAGCUGCUGGAGCGCCAAUGGGAACAGGGCUCACAGUUUCUCAUGGAGCAGGCGCAGCAUUUUGACAUUGCUUCCCUGUUGAAUUGCUUGCAUCAGCUGCAGAGUGAGAAUCUGCGUUUGGAGGAGCAUGUGACCAGCCUGAUAGCGCGGCGAGAUCAUUUGCUGGCGGUGAAUGCCCGUCUACAAAUCCCACUGAAUCCGAUCGCCAGCAAGGCCGAGGCGCAUGCUGCAACCACAACCACAACUUCUUCUACUUCUACUUCAACUUCAACAACCACAGCAACAACAUCUUCAACAACUUGUACAACUUCUGUCCUUUCCACAUUAGCAGCUUCCAACAUGAGCGCUCUUAAUGCGGCAACAACAAUAGCGGCAGCCGUCUCCCUGGCCACCACGGCCAUCAAUACGACCACACCCACAAUGGUGAACAGCCGCCCCACAGUGGCGCCGGCCAGCUCCAGCGGUGUACUAGACUAUCGGAGCGCGGGCACGGGAACAGCGGGCGGCGUCAACAGCAACAACAACAAUAUCAACAUGAGCAAUAAUCCUGGUGGGGCAGGAGCAACAUCAUCCUCGAAUGUCAGCUCGGGCACAACCACCCCCAUGUCCCUGAGCGGUAUGACAAUGAGCAAUGCAGCCAGCCUGGGACUGAGACCUCAUGUCUCUGCGGCACAUGCGGCAUAUAAUAGCAGCAGCAACAGUGGCAGUGGCAGCAUAAGCAACAGCAACAGCCUGCAUCAGCAUCCCUCCCAGAACCAGCAACAGCAGCAGCAGCAACAUUCACAUCCGUCGCAACAACAAGUCGUACAGCAGCACUUGCAGCAGCAGCAACAGCAGCAGCAACAGUCGUCGUCGUCGCAUCAUGCCAGCGCCGCUGUUGCCGCCGCCCAUAUGCUCGGUGUGGGUGUGGGCGUGGGCAUGGGCAUGGGCGGUGCUGGUGGAGUGGCGGCGGCGGUUGGUGGCAGCAAUAUUGGACGAGGUGGGUCAGCGACAGCUCUAGCUGGUGCAACAUCAACAGCAACAACAACAACAACCACAUUUACAACAACAGUGGGCAUGCCUCUCCGCGUUGGCGGAGUUGGCGUUGGCGGCAUUGGCCUUGGCGUUAACCUUGGCCUGGGCCUGGGCGAUUUAAGUAGCACCACCACCACUUCCACCUCCUCCUAUGCGGCGCAUCACGCGGCGCUCUACAGCACGCAUCAUCAGUCCCAGCUAAGGCGCGACGAUAACCUCGCCAAAACCAGCUGAAAGUCAUACCGUGAGCAAAUGCAACAGAAGCAGAAGCCACAGCCGAAAAAGAAACCGAUACUGGCCAGACGCGGAGGCCGUUGUAGCAACAGCAGCAGCAAUCCUACGCCCUACUACAGCAAGCCGAAGCCAGCGGAGCCUCUUAGCUUUCAGCAACUACGCGAUACAAAUGAUGAUGAUCUCAGCAGCGACAGCAGCAGCUCUUCCACGUUUUCCUCUUCGUCGCCACAGCAGGAAUCUUCGGUGGACUAUGAGGCUGAGGAUGAGAACGAGGACAAACAACGCAGGCCCAAGCAUAAGGAUGAGAAUGAGAGCUUGUUGCAUGUACAGAAUUUUCUAAAAUGCUUUGGACCCAAUGCCUUAUCAGCAGCGACCAUAACAGCAACACCAGCAGCAACCACAGCAGCGCCAGUGGGUCAAACACCAACCAGCAGCCUGCAUGCUGUCAAAUCCCCGAGCACAGAGCUGCGUAGCUGGCGUCAGAACUAUCGCAAUACAAUCCAAAUAGUACCCACAAUAAACACAGCCCCCACAGCAAUAGCAACAGCAACAGCAACUGCAACCAACACACCACAACUUUUACAAUCCCAAACGAAUCACAAGCCUCAAAAAUUUCAAAUAAACACUAAAUUUCUGCGAAAGCCAAGGAAUAAACUAAUGAAAAUGCUGCCAACAACAACAGCAACAUUGGACAAUGGAACAACAACAAACACCAUGAGCACAAAAACAAUUGUUGUUCAGGAUGAGGAAAAACAUGAACAACAAACAAGGGAAAAACUGCAACUGCAACAGCAGCAGCAACCACAGCUAUUUAACGAUGAUUCCAACGCCAAAUUCAAAGACUUUUCAAUUGACUCGCUAUUGAAUAAGUAAAUAGACGAAAAGUGGAGUAAAUAAUGAUGAAAUUAUUACUUAAAGUGUAGCCCCAUUAUUUUUUGUAGAACAAUUCAACGAAAAAAAAGAGCCCAAACCGCGUUCCUAACUUAACCCACUGCCACCACACCAUACACCCUGAAAACCAAGCACACAAAUUUUGUUUUAGCCAAUCGUACCGAUAAAUAAUAUGAACAUACAAUAUAGCAAACAACGUAUUUUAAUGCAUUACAAUUAGGCUGUUUAUUUAUUAUUAUUACAUACAUAUUGUACAACUAGUGGUGCACUUUCAUAUUUAGCGUAAGCAUGUAAAUAUCUACUUAAAUACGAGAUAAUAAAGGAAGAAACACACAUGUGCUAGAAUU